GUCGUGGAGCUCAGGCGCAGGGAAUCAGUUUCCGGGACUAGGUGAAAUGGCGGAGACGGUGACCCUGGCGUGGAUUCGUGGCCCCGGCUUCGGCUGCAGGGCAGUGCGGGCUGUCUCGGCCCCAUGCUCCGUCCGAGACUUUAUCCACCAACACUGCCAAGAUCAGGCUGUUCCAGAGGAAUGCUUCUUUGUGAAGUGCAAUGGAUCCCUCGUUAGCAUCAAUGACACGGUGCAGCAUGGAGCUGUGUACAGUUUGGAGCCCAGACUUCGAGGUGGAAAAGGAGGUUUUGGGUCGAUGCUCCGAGCACUUGGUGCUCAGAUUGAGAAGACAACCAAUCGAGAAGCUUGCCGGGAUCUCAGUGGAAGGAGACUACGAGAUGUCAAUCAUGAAAAAGCAAUGGCUGAGUGGGUAAAACAACAAGCUGAGCGAGAGGCUGAAAAGGAGCAGAAGCGCCUAGAACGACUGCAGCGGAAGCUCGCCGAACCCAGGCACUGCUUCACCAGCCCCGACUACCAGCAGCAGUGCCAUGAGAUGGCUGAGCGUCUGGAGGAUUCCGUGCUCAAAGGUAUGCAGGCGGCCUCCAGCAAGAUGGUAUCGGCAGAAAUCAGCGAGACUCGGAAGCGGCCUAACACAUCCAAAACAGACCAAGGAACGAGUGCAGCGAAAAGGAAAUGCUUUUGGUUGGGCAUGGAAGGCCUAGAGACUGUGGAGGGGUCCAGCUCCGAGAGUUCAGAUAAUGACAGUGAAGAAGCACCUAGCACUUCGGGAAUGAGCUUCCACGUUCCCAAACAUGACAGUGAUGGUGUUGAGAUGGCAGCUGAGUUUCCCAGCAGUUCUCAGAGGGCGCCAGGAUUAAGGACAGACUGCAGCUCACCAGAGAAACUACAGACCCCCGUCACUGGCUCUGGGAAUGGUAUUUCAGAAGACUCGUGUGCUGAGCUGGGGGAGAUCCCUACCCAGGCAUACGUGGAAAGGAAGAUGGCUACAGAAAGAGAGAAAACCCAGGAGCAAAAGGACGCAGAGAGAAAAGAACCCACAGAAAGGAAAGCCGCUGGGACUGGACUGCAUGAGGAGAAAGAGACAAAAGAAAUGACUGAUGGGGAAAAAGCUGCCAACGUAGUACCUGGAGAAGGCAGGGAAAACAUUCCUGAUGCCAAACUGGAGGGGAGCCAGUCAGGAAACACAGACAUUGGUCAGGAAUCUGUAGAUUUACUGGCAUUCACCUCAGUUGCAGAAGUGGAGUUGCUGGGUCUGGAGAAGCUCAAGUGUGAACUCACAGCCCGAGGGCUGAAAUGUGGGGGCACGCUCCAGGAGCGAGCAGCAAGACUCUUCUCUGUCAGGGGACUGGCGAAGGAACACAUAGACCCAGCUCUGUUUGCCAAGCCUUCGAAAGGGAAGAAGAAAUGAAUUUCGUCAGAACUGAUAUCCUCUUUCUUUCUAGUCUAGCCCUUACAACGUGACGCGUGGCUAUUAUGCCUCUUGAUAUUAAAGCUCAUAGAACCCAAUUCUAACUAUCCUCUUUUUCACGCUUACAGUUACAGAAUUAAGGUGUGAAACCAGCUGAGCUUGACGUUUUUGUGGGAAGAUUUUUUAAAUAACGAAUUUAGUAACUAUGAAGCUAUUCAGAUGUUUGCUUUCAUCUUGGGUCAUUUAGGAAAGUUAUAUUUUCAAGGAAUUUGUUCAUGUGACUCAAAUUGUCAGAUUUGUGGAUGUGAAGUGUUUCGUAAUAGUCCCUUCUUAUCUUUUGAAAGUCUGCAGGAGCUGCAGUGGUAACUUUUUUCAUCUGAGUUUUCAAAUGGUGGUUCGCUGCACUGGAGUAUAUAGAUGGAAAGUUGUCACACAGGAAGCAGCUAUACAGUGAAAUGUCUUGGGCAAAAUUAGAUGGUAAAUAGUGAUUUAAGAAAUCAAAUGUCUAUUGAAAGAGAUCACAGGACUUCAAGUCUUAGAGGAAGAUAAAACAUUGUGAUCCCAAAUUAUGCUGCCAUGUGCCAGCUGUAGGUCCCAGGGUGGGGGCGGGACUUUGCAGAGUGAGUGAAGUACAUGUGCUCAACAUUUAGUUGCAUCUUCCUGAGAGUGGUACAGAUGUUGUGUGCGAUCUUAGAUGUCUACAGAAAAAGGUAACGUUUCAAAAAGAAAUGUAUUUUUUUCUUUAUUCUCUCAGGAAUAUUUUGGACACUUGUCUUUUUAUAUGAUGAUAGAAACAACCUUGUAGAGACGUCACUCUAUUUUUCCUGGUUUCCAUUUUUUUAAACUGUAUGUCAACUCCCCUCCCCUCCUUUUUUCGUAAUGCUUCAAGUUCUUAUUUGGGUCCAAGAAUCAUUCUGCUACAUGGUUUGUCCAAUUAUUAACUUAUUUUCAUUUUUUGUCUUCUAUGGUAUUCUUAGAGUAAUUUUUUUUUUUUUUGAAUAGAGUAUAUGGCUGGUGUAUUUUCUGAAUCCUUGCAUAAUCUAGCGUUUUUCUGUUGCCUUUGCAGUGUCAAA